GAGCCAGCAAACACAUUCAGCAGCAUGCAGUCGAUUGCUAUUUGCCUCUGGGCCACAACUCUGUUGCUGCUUAGCUUGCGGCAAGUCUAUGGACAAAAUGCAACUACCAAUUAUUGCCAGACAGACUUGUGUCCAUUGCUUAAGAAGCACAUUGCCUGCAGGAAUAAUGGCGAGUUGUCUAGACUGUGUCCACCCAAUGCUCAGCUGCUGAACAUCAGCGAGUAUCAGCAGCUCAUACUCAUGCAGCACAAUGAGCAGCGCCAUCUGUUGGCCGCUGGCAAAGUGCCGAACCUGCCGCAACCAGACAAAAUGGCGACCUUGCAAUGGAGCGAUGAAUUGGAACAGUUGGCAACACUGAGUGUCAAACAGUGUGCAUUGAUCUAUGAUGUGUGCCACAACACACGAGAAUUUCGCAAUUCUGGUCAGAAUUUGGCAUUGCAGAAUAUUAGCACAGCGGUUGAGGUGACCGAUGAGGAGUUGCUGAAGAGCAACAUUCAACGCUGGUGGGAUCAAUCCAAGAACAUUACACAAGACCAAGUGGAGAGUUAUCCCAAGGAUGUCAAGAUCACCGAUUCCAUUCGUAACUUUGCUGUGUUGGCCAGGGAUAACAACACCUUUGUGGGCUGUGCUGCCAUCAAGUAUACGAAGGGUAUGCUUCAGCACUUUCUGCUGGCCUGCAACUAUGCCAGCAAUCCUGUACCCGAAUAUGCCAUCUACCGCAUCAAGAGCAAGGGCUGUCAGAAGUACGACAGAUACUUUCCGGCACUUUGCAAGCCCGGCGAACAAUACCGCGACAUUGAGCCGCUGGAGCCCAACAAGUGGUCCAAAUAGUUGAAAUAUUUCUAUAUAAAUAUGCAAAAAUAGAUACAGUAUGUAUAAAUAAGUAAAGUAAAGCGCAGCCUGCUGAAAGGCAACAA